AAUGAAACGAAACAUUCUUCAACCAAAAUAGCACCCAGAGAAAUUAUAUAUGGUACGUCAAACUCAUUAAACAGGUUAAAAAUUGUAAACAAUCAGACUAGAACCAUACAGACUGCUUUGGAUAACAUUGAAUUACAUGUUAAUAAUAAGAACUCCAAAAUUCUUUGCUUAGACGAGGAAGAGUACAGGAAUUUACAAAAUAAAAACAUAUAUACAAAAUGUAAAGGAAACAUAGAAACCAUAGAUACAGAAAAGCAAACAUAGUUGACCAAACCUUAAAAACCAUUACAGAUCAAAAUCAAAUCAAGACACACAAAAAACACUUAAAAAGAAUUUUGUAAUCUCACUUUUCAGGUUACUUCUAGCGAUAGGAGGACACGCAGAAAUAUUCAUUCAUGACAUCAAACAAAAUCCCAUUGUCAUACUUCCCAUGGGGAAAGCUAAAAUUUGUUACAGCUACCUAAGAAUUAUUCAUCCAAUCGAAAUGAAUCCGAUAGAAAACGUUAUUAACGUCCUCUACUUAAAAGCCCAAGAAAAGAUAGCUAACGAUAGACUUCUUAACCCUUUUAUAAAAACAAAAAUCGAAAAACUAUCUCAAUCCUUCAAAAAAAUCAAUAUAUCAGAUAAAAGAGUAAAACGAUGGGACAGCUUAGGCAGAGGUUGGAAGUACAUCUCGGGCAGCCCGGAUGCCGAUGAUUUAAGGCUUAUCAAUGCUACCAUUAACUCGAUUGUUGAUCAGGAAAAUAACCAAAUUAGAAUUAACUCUGGAUUAGACAUCAGAAUUAGAAAUCUAACAUACAGUAUUAAUUCAAUCAUCUCGAGCUACAACAACCUGUCAUCUGAGUUCAACGAAGGAUUUUCAUCAAUUAACUUACUAUUGAACAUCGACGAGCUCAUCCAGCAAAUAGAGACAAUUGGUGAUGCAAUAACCCUAGCUCGACUAAAUAUUCCCAGUAGCCGCCUGAUUAGCCUUGCAGAAUUAACUGUUGCUCAACGCUUUUUGAAAGACCAAGGAUUAGACGUAGCCACAGCAGAGAGUGUAUUAGAAAUCGCUAAAGCAUAUGUCAUAACCACUAAAGAUUCAAUCAAGUACAUCCUGAGAAUACCUAAAGUAACAAACGAAGCCUACACUCUCUACCAAAUUGAACCAGUGAUAUCUAACGGAACGAGAGUUCAUCUAAAGGCCAGUUUCUAUCUCAAUGGAACCACACCGUUGUUCAAAAUCAGUUUGCGAUCAGCACGCAGAGCAAUUUAUCUGUCAAUCUUCUGAACUUGAAACACCAUCGAAAUGUAUGCAAAAACUCAUUAGCGGUUCGUCAGCACAUUGUCCAAUUGAGAAAAUCUAUGGACGCAACAUCGUUAAACGAAUUAACGAGGCCACAAUAAUUAUCCAGGAUGCGAACAUUACAAUACAAUCCAGCUGCAGCAUGCAUAAUAAUAGACUGGAAGGUUCAUAUCUAAUUCAAUUUUCGAAAUGCGCAAUAACGUUGAACGGCGAGCAAUUCACCAACAUCAACGUAAAUACUCCCAGCAGGACUUUUAUCCCGACCACAGGAUUGAAGGUAAAUACCACUAACAUAGUAGACCGCAUUCCUCUGGAACAAUUACAGAUACUCCAUAUGGCACAUCGAGACCAUAUCCGUCAUUUGAACCUGACUAGUGACAGUAUUCAUACAAAGAUACAUCUACUUCAUUGGCUAUCCUUCGGGUCUAUAUCGAUAACAUCUCUUAUCCUGAUCGGUAUCACGCUAGGCUGCAUUAUCAUGAUGCUGCUGACUAGAAAGGCAACAGUGAUUAUUCAACAAGGUCAACAGGAGACGGUAGCCGAGGCUAAGGAUAACCCAUCCACAGAAUCGACGCAAGGAAUCAGCGUAAUCUACCCCACGAGGCAACCCAGGCUCAUCCCACAAUAGUCGAGACCAAUGGAAGUCGAGGACGACUUCUUUCCUUGGAAAGGGAAUCGUUAAGGAAUGAAACUAUAAAGUAAGACAUACGUGGCGCAUCACGCCACAUUUAUGCAGUGUAAGCACCUUUUAUUAAUAAAUAGCAUUCGCACACGAGGUA